GGAAAGAUGAGCUCCUUGUUGCUUCCGUCAAUAACAAAAUUGGAAACGCCACCGCUGCGGCUCCUGGACUGAGAACAAUCACUGAAAAUCAUGCCUUUUUUGGGCCAGGACUGGCGGUCUCCAGGGUGGAGGUGGAUUAAAACAGAAGAUGGCUGGAAGAGAUGUGAGCCCUGCAGUUCAGAAUUUGAGGAUGAGAACAAUCAGCUCAAUAACAACAUCGGUCAUGCUGUCAUCUUGAACAAUGACGAAGAUAUAUAUAGUGCCGAAGAUUGUGAAUUUGCCAGCAAGAAAAGGAAAAAGGACCAUUUUAGGAAUACUGCAAAAUCUCAGUGCUUCUAUCGUGAAAAAUGGAUCUAUGUUCAUAAAGAGAGUACCAAAGAGAGGCAUGGCUAUUGCACAUUGGGAGAAGCUUUUAAUCGCUUAGAUUUUUCAAGUGCAAUUCAGGACAUCAGAAGAUUCAAUUAUGUGGUUAAACUUUUACAGUUAAUUGCAAAAUCCCAGUUGACUUCAUUGAGUGGCGCAGCUCAGAAGAACUAUUUCAACAUCUUGGAUAAAAUUGUCCGAAAGGUGUUGGAAGACCAAUACAACCCACGUCUCAUCAAAGACCUUCUUCAGGAUCUGAGUUCUACACUGUGCAGCUUAAUAAGGGGCGUUGGGAAGUCCGUGUUGGUAGGGAAUAUCAAUAUUUGGAUUUGUAGACUGGAAACUAUCCUUCUGUGGCAACAGCAGCUCAGUAAUCUUCAGAUGACCAAGCAAGUCAACAAUGGACUUACACUCAGUGAUCUUCCUUUACACAUGCUGAAUAACAUCUUAUAUAGAUUCUCAGAUGGCUGGGACAUUAUUACCUUAGGCCAGGUGACUCCUACGUUGUAUAUGCUCAGUGAAGACCGGCAGUUAUGGAAAAAGCUCUGCCAGUACCACUUUACUGAAAAGCAGUUCUGUAGGCAUCUUAUUCUGUCAGAAAAAGGUCUUAUUGAUUGGAAACUGAUGUACUUUGCACUUAAGAAAUAUUACCCCAUAAAGGAGCAAUAUGGAGAUACUUUGCAUUUCUGUCGUCACUGCAGUAUUCUCUUCUGGAAGGACUACCACCUUGCUUUGUUACUGAAGGAUACAGGACAUCCUUGCACAGCCAGUGAUCCGGACAGUUGCUUCAUGCCAGUGUCGCCCCAGCACUUCAUAGAUCUCUUCAAAUUCUAAAUGCAAUCAUAUCUCUCCUUUUUGCAUUUUUUUUCUUCUCAUUUUUUCAUAGUUGUGCCGUAUAUGUAUAAUGUUUUUUUUGUGCAAUAUUUCUCUGAAUGUGCUUUGUAGUUAAAAAGGGAUGUAAUUGAGUCAGGUGGAGAAAAUAUGGACCAGAACAGUUCUUCUUUUUAUAGAAGGACAGUAAACCUUACGCACCAUGAAAUAGGAUCCACAGACGGUUACUUGGAUUCACUGGGAAUUUAGUCAAAUUUCGAAAAGUCAUGAGUGGCUGUUGACACUUCAUUAAGACUCUAUUGACUUUUGAGUCAGGAAGUGCAGGUAGUUUCAUGAGGUAACCAAAAGCAACUUGUUGACUUCCUUCCUGGGCUUCAUUUCCUUUCCACGUCACAUUCCAGAUGUGCACAAUUUGCACAGCAGCCUGUGAAUCUUCCAGAGGACUCUCUCCGGGGCUUCUUUGUACCUGUCCUGUCAACUGUUAAGUAUUGCAUGUUGGUUAAAACAUAGUCAUGAAGCCCAUGGUGAAAGAAGCACAGCCCCGUUUUGUAAAUACAUUAUGCAGAAUAUUUAUUUUUCUUAAAAAGUAUUUUAUUAAAUGAUGGCAAACAUGUCAAUGUGGGUUGCCGAUUGCUGGAUUGUAAUGGAAUUUUUUUCUGGUCAUGGUCUCCCAUUUGUUUUUCUUUAAUCUUCUGGUUUUCCUACUGUUAGUCUUACUGCCAUCAGGACUGGGGCGGGGGCUAACUGAGCUUUAACAAAGAAGUAAAGUGGCAUGUUAGUAGACUGUUCUGAUGUGGUACUACUUAAGGUUCUAUUGCGAAGACUUCUGGCCAACUUGUUGGUGUGAAGCAUCUCCUACAACCAGUGGUGAUUAUGGCAAGAAUUCUCUUGGCUGCUGUGGGUAUGGAAAAGAGUGGCAGAUGAAGUUAAUGUAUGGAAAAUUUAAAGUGAUUUGCAGUGUGUUAUGGAAGUCUUAAUCAUUUCAACCUAAUGUAGUCUAUGGAUGAAUACAGGCCUUAAGUUAUAUGGCACAAUGUGUUUUGAAUCUAGUUUUGUACACGAAUAAAUCAUGUUUCUGCCUUUU